GGUGAUGUGGGCUAGCAGGCAGGCAUGGAAUGGUGUGUAAUCCAAAAGAGGGUGAUGACUGAUGAGUCGACGAAAAAGGCCGGAUGAAGCAGGCUGGGCUGAGGCAAAAUCUGUGGAUCGUUAGGUGGGGGAAGUUGCAACUUGUUUUCAUUUUCGGUAGCGAGUCAAAACUCCGAUCUCACUACCAACCGGAGAUCCCUCCUUGCCUUGAGGGAACUACUGUUAGAGUUGAAUUUGGUGAUGCAACUACAGCUCUAGAUUCAGCUGGUGCUCAUACCAUUAGUCGAGCUUUUCCACACACUUACGGGCAGCGUUUGGCUCACUUUCUUAGAGCAACUGCAAAAGUCCCUGACGCUCAGAUUAUAACUGAGCAUCCAUCUAUUAGGGUUGGAAUUGUCUUUUGUGGGAGACAAUCCCCUGGUGGGCAUAAUGUCAUAUGGGGCCUUCUCAAUGCUCUCAAAAUCCACAACCCGAAGAGCACUUUGUUGGGAUUUCUGGGUGGUUCUGAAGGUUUGUUUGCUCAAAAAACUCUUGAGAUAACAGAUGACGUUCUCUCUUCUUACAAAAACCAAGGUGGUUAUGAUUUGCUGGGAAGAACAAAGGAUCAAAUUAGAACAACUGAGCAAGUUAAUUCUGCACUAACUGCAUGCACUGAUUUGAAAUUGGAUGGUCUUGUCAUUGUUGGAGGGGUCACAUCAAACACUGAUGCUGCUUAUCUUGCUGAAACAUUUGCUGAAGCAAAUUGUCCAACAAAAGUGGUUGGUGUUCCUGUUACAUUGAAUGGAGACCUUAGGAAUCAAUUUGUUGAAACUAAUGUUGGUUUCGAUACAAUUUGCAAGGUCAAUUCCCAGCUCAUCAGCAAUGUGUGCACUGAUGCUCUCUCUGCUGAGAAGUAUUAUUAUUUUAUCCGUCUUAUGGGCCGGAAGGCAUCCCAUGUUGCCCUUGAAUGCACUCUCCAGUCUCAUCCAAAUAUGGUAAUUCUUGGUGAGGAGGUGGCUGCCUCAAAGCUUACACUCUUUGACUUGACAAAGCAAAUUUGUGAUGCAGUACAAGCCAGAGCCGAGCAAGGAAAGAACCAUGGUGUCAUCCUCCUGCCAGAAGGGCUUAUAGAAAGCAUUCCUGAAGUGUAUGCUCUGUUAAAGGAAAUUCAUAGUUUGCUCAGAAAUGGUGUCUCUGCUGACAACAUUUCCUCUCAAUUGUCGCCCUGGGCAUCUGCUCUGUUUAAUUUUUUGCCAGACUUUAUUAGGAAACAGCUUCUCCUUCAUCCUGAAUCAGAUGAUUCUGCCCAGUUGUCCCAGAUUGAGACUGAGAAACUUCUUGCACACCUUGUAGAGACGGAAAUCAACAAGUGUCAGAAAGAAGGCAAGUACAAGGGCAAAAAAUUCAAUGCCAUCUCCCACUUUUUUGGCUAUCAGGCUCGGGGAUCCUUACCUUCAAAAUUUGACUGCGACUAUGCCUAUGUUCUUGGACACAUCUGCUAUCAUAUUCUUGCAGCUGGUUUGAAUGGUUACAUGGCCACUGUAACUAACUUGAAGAAUCCUGUGAACAAAUGGCGUUGUGGUGCUGCACCUAUUACAGUAAUGAUGACUGUGAAGCGUUGGUCUCAAAAUCCUAAUUCCACCUCAAUUGGAAUGCCUGCUAUUCAUCCAGCUCCAGUGGAUCUGAAAGGCAAAGCAUAUGAUCUGUUGAGACAAAAUGCUACAAGAUUCUUGAUGGAAGACCUGUACAGAAAUCCAGGGCCUCUUCAGUUUGAUGGUCCUGGUGCUGAUGCUAAGGCUGUAACCCUGAGUGUUGAAGACCAGGAUUACAUGGGCCGUAUCAAGAAACUUCAGGAAUAUCUUGACAAGGUCCGGACCAUCGUGAAACCAGGGUGUUCUCAGGAAGUUCUGAAAGCAGCAUUGAGCGUAAUGGCUUCAGUGACAGAGGUUCUUUCUGCAAUGUCUGCAUCAUCUAGCGUGCAGGUGUUGCUUUAGGAAUACAAAUCUAGUUGUUAUUCAUGAACUCUCAGGUGCGAUUAUCCAUGGUGUUGGAAGUCCAAAACCUGUCAGCCGCUGGUUUCAUUUUUCUUAAUUUAAAUCCCGAGUUAUAGUGGUUGAACCCUUGGUAAUAAACUGUUCGUUUUUGUUUAUUUGGGUUGUUGUUGUGCGAUGUACACUCGACUGGAACUAGAAGAAAUGUGUAUUGCGAAAUCAGAAGGAUGGAAUUUUGGAGUAAAACAACACUUUUUCUUUAUUUAUUUUUGCAUAACAUCAAUGAUUAUAUUAUUAUUAUCUCUGGUGGGGAUUGAGUACCUACCUUCCCCUUUGUUCCUGCAUCCAACCCAGUUUAUUAUGUUUCCACGCUUCCUUUCCCGUUGUCCCGUUGUAUGUUGUAACUCCAUAUCCUUUUGUUUUAGUUUAUUUGUUGUUGAUGCAGAAAACUUUCAAGUCCUUUCUUGCUCAGAUAUUCUUGUUGAAUAAACCUGAAAAGCUUUG